GUUGGUGGGGACGUUGUUUCUGAAGCACAUCUUGACACUUGCGGUUCCGCCUUCUCUCCACUGAGCAGGUUGAGCGACUUUUUGCUGUCACAGUUGUAGUCAUAUGCUGUAAGUUUUCCGGAGCUACUGGACACACGGAUUCUGAUUCCGUUCACAGAGGCUCUGCUGUGAACUAGUGACACGGGAGGAAGGCCGAGGCUAACUGGCCAUUCAGGACGGUGCUGUUUGACUGACUGCGCUGGAGGUCAGACCCAAGCGAACAGGUGGUGAAGAGGAAGCAUGUCCACCGACCAGGAGCCCACCUUUACAGUCAAGCUGCUGCAGCUGCUCCUGCUCUCCACGUACUGGGGAAUGCAGAUUUGGGUCACCUUCAUUUCAAGUUUUGUAAUGAACAACCACCUGAACAGACACACAUAUGGGUUUAUUCAGAGUCAUCUUGUCAUGUUCUACCUACACCUGGGUUCAGCCUGUGCUUUUUUUAAUCUCACUAUCUAUGCUGUGUACCAUCCAAGUGACAACCUGGAUGACAGGGAAGCCUUUCAGAUCUUCAUCUUCUUUGUGUCAGUGACAGUUGCAGCUGUCAAUGCUCAGUGGUUUGGCCAAAUGACAUCAGAAAUCAUGGCGGACAUGCACCUUAUCGAACAGGCGUGCGGGCUGGGUCAGGACAUCGGCCUCUCAUCUAAUCGUGAGGCCUAUGCCAAGCUGUGUGAGACAGAUGGUAAAUACAAGCACCUCAGCAGCCGCCUGUGGCUCUACAGAUUGCUGUCCUCCUUCUGUAACCUCUGCUGCAUCGGCUGCAACUUCUACAGCCUCUCUUACAUGGCUGAGAACCUUGUAAAACUGUAAAUAUAGCAGCUGGACUGUUAACAGUUAAAAAGCAGUCCAAGGUUUAAAACCUAGAAAGUUGUUUUUUCCAUCAAAGUAGUAAGUUAUAUAUUUAAACACAAGUUCUUUCUUAUUUGUUAUAAGAUGAUAAGGACAGUUAAGUACACCCUGUCUUUCUUGUGCCUUGGGAAAUGAUGAAAGGACACAGCGUUAGUCAAGCAUAGAGAUCUGCCCUAGUUCCAAGGCUUUCUUUCUAAAGCUGUAUCUCACACCCUAAUGUUGUGGGAAGACACAUCAGUACCUGCACUGUGAGUAAUGCUUUAACCUUUUACCUACUAUGCCUGACAUUGCUGAUUACUUCCUUGAUAUUUCCUUUACCAUUACACUGUUGUACUUUUUAGAAACCUAACACUCAAGACACACAAUGUUUUAAAAAACUUGCACAGCUGCAACAUCAGAGCGAUAGAAAGUAGCCCUGAGCACAACCGUGAUUUUUAUGUAAACAGAGGAAAAGCACCUUUAGUAAAGAACUAUUCUCAUCCUGCUCAAUCUUGCUGUUCCUGUUUGGGUGGAGUUAAAAUGUUGUCAGGUUUGACUAGCUCUCCUUAUGCCACUUUACAAAGCAUUUUUUGCAUGUCGCACGUCUGAGAGAAAAGUUGUACAAUCUUUUUUCUUAUUUUUAACACAGUACAAUGUAGAGAUGCGGAUCUACUUAGAACAUAAUGUUAAUAGUGCACUGUCUCUGAUGUGUAAAAAAAAAUAGAUAUCAUAUACAUACAGUUUGACAUGAAAAGUGCUGUACAAUUGUUGGCAGUACCUACAACAUUGUAGCUUCCGCUGUUCUUUUCUUUCUUAGCCUACAAUAACACACUCAUUAAAUUGCUAUCACAUCAGCAACUACAGCUGUUUCCAGGUCAGUAGCUGAUUCCUAAACUCCUUUUAGAUCUUUUUUUGUCCGUUCAUUCUGGAGUGAUGAAGUUGUGUAUUAUGUGCCUAUUACUAGCAACGACAAUGCAAUAUUAUGUGGUAGUUUCCUCUAGUUAUUUAAUGAUUAACCAAUCUAAGUUAAUAUUUCACUGCAAGUUGUGUGUAAACCAAACGCUGUAUUUGGAUAUGAACCUUUCCAAGAUAUUUUAUGUGACAUGAGGAUUUAAGCCAGUGAAUGGUUUAAAUAAUGGGUUAUUGAAGAUGCUGUGCUUAUGGUUGUGGGUUUGUAUUAAAUGUUUUGCAUGUGUGUUUUUGUAUUAAAGUAUUUUAUUUUA